AUGGCGGAGACUAAAGACUCUAUCGAACUGCCUGACUGUGAUUACGAGGGUCUCUUGGAGUUGUUUCGCUUCCUCUACAGCGACGAAGUGACUUUAAACAGAAAAAAAUGUGAUGCAAGUCAUGUACUUGGCGAACAAACAGUGAUCGAGAAGCAUACAGAGGAAGCUGUGACGUUUGACGAAUUUCUCACUGUCGAGCGAUCUGUUAUUGAAUCUGUUGUGAAGAGGGAAGGGUUGAGCGUGACGGAAGUGGAAUUGUUCAAAGCUGUUGAUCGCUGGGCCACCAAAGAAGGAGAACGGCAGGGGAUCACAUCUGAUGGAGAGACGAAGAGAAGACUGCUUGAAGAGGAAACCAUGAAAGACAUUUGCUUUCCGUUAAUGUCACAAACGGAGUUUGCCACUGUAGUUUACGACACUGUCAUUUUAUCCCGCAAGGAGACUGGAACAUUCGCUUCAGAAAAGGACGAGAACUAUUGUUAUUACGGCUUUGACGUUUUGUUUGAUAAUCUGGUAAACUUGGAAGCAGAUAAGCAGUAUGAGUUAGAGUCACUUAUCGACAGUCCUGUAUCAUGGUCCCAAAAGCAUGGGCGAAAGUCUGUUGAAGCAGAAGGAGCUAGUCCUGUGUUCUUUGCCAUGUUCUAUGGUCAAAUGGCGGAGACUAAAGACUCUAUCGAACUGCCUGACUGUGAUUACGAGGGUCUCUUGGAGUUGUUACGUUUCCUCUACAGUGACGAAGUGACUUUAAGCGGAAGUAAUGUGAUGCAAGUCAUGUACUUGGCGAACAAGUACAUGGUGCCUUCACUCGCUGAGAAAUGCACAAAAUAUCUCCGCGACAGUUUGACAGCAGUAAACGUGUUUAGCAUUCUGCCACACGCUCAGAAGUUUGAAGAUAAAUACUUGGAAGAUCGAUGCUGGAAAGUGAUUGAAGAGCAGACAGAGGAAGCUGUAACGUCAGACGAAUUUGUCACUGUUGAGCGAUCUAUCGUUGAAUCCGUUGUGAAGAGAAAAGUGUUGUGCGUGAAGGAAGUGGAAUUGUUCAAAGCUGUUGAUCGCUGGGCCACCAAAGACGGACAUCGGCAGGGCAUCACACCUGAUGGAGAGACGAAGAGACGAAUUCUUGGCGAGGAAAUCGUGAAAGCAAUUCGGUUUCCGUUAAUGUCACAAACGGAAUUUGCUACUGUAGUUGACGACACUGCUAUUUUAUCUCGGAAGGAGACUAGCCACAUGAUUAAAUACUACAGCAAUGUCUUGAAAAGCCCUUUACUAUUUUUACAGGGAGCAAGGAAGGUGAUGCGUGAAUUUCGAGUCAACAGAUUCAAAAAUUAUUCUGAGGCAGGUUGGAAUUACAGUGGCUUGUCUGACAGUAUUUACUUCUCCAUAAACAAGCCUCUUAAGUUGCUUGGAAUACAGCAUUUUGGUUCCCCAGGUGGCGAGUACACAGUCUCUACUGAGAUCAAAGAUACAGCAACUAACUCAACUGUUGCUAAACGAUGGGGAACAUUUGCGUCAAAAAAGGACGAGAAUGAUAAUUAUUAUGGCUUUGAUGUUUUGUUUAAUAAAUUGAUUUGCUUGGAAGCAAAUAAGCAGUAUAAGGUAGAGUCACUUAUCAACGGUGCUGUUUCAUCGUGCGGACAGAGUGGGCUAAAGUUUGUUGAAGCAGAAGGAGUGCAAAUUACUUUCAACUCUAGAGCUGUGACGGAAGGUAAUGGCACCUCGGCACAAAUAGGUCAAUUUCCAGCUUUUAUUUUCUACUAAAAUGUAUUUGUAUCUACACAUGGUUGGUAUCAAAAUCCUGAUUCCGCCAGUUCUAACUGGUUAUUCAUGUGCCAAGCCUUCCAACGGAAACAACUGAUAAACUGAAUCAUCUCUGUGAUAGGUUUGAUGCCGAGACUUCAAAUCGACAUCAUUGAAUUUGUAACUUGUUUACCACAGUUUAUUCUAAAACUCUGCCAAUUUUUUGCAAAGCCACAAAACCUUCCUCUCUACUCCAAAACAUGUGCUUUUUCAUCCGGGUUACAAGUUUCUCAUUUCACACAUCAUGUAAUAUCAAAGUAAAUGUCCAAUCCAUAAAAAGAGAACAAAAACAAAAAAGAAACUAUGGUUCUACGGCGGUAACAAGGUUUAAGACCGAAACUCAGUUAUUUUUAGCGCAGAGGCUUAUCAUCAGAUAUCUUGUCAAGUCAAUUUUUGCUAUGUAAUUUUUAACUAUGAUAAAUAAAAAUGAUCACAAAAGAUUGAGUUGGAAGUUAUAUCAUCU